GCAAAGGGGUGUGCUGCCCGGCCUGGUCACCAGGACGCCCCGCCCAGGCCCGCCCUCUAGGCAUCAGGGACUACAUUUCCCAGAGGCCUCAGCGGCCCCGAGGGGCUGGCCGGUCCGCUCUCCGCUCACACUGCGCGGUGACUGGCUUCCUCGGAGGAGGGCGGGGCCUAGUCCAGCCAAUGGGUGAGGGGCUCGUUACGGCGGCGGAAGCAGCGGCGCUGGGUUGAGGGGUGGGGGGCAGAGUGCUAGCGCCUCGGCGGUGGCGGCGGGUCCCGGAGCCCGAGGACGUCGGCUCCACAGGCGGAGAGCGCACGGAAGCAAGCUCAAAGUGGCGCGGCGGCCACUUGGAGCAGCACUCAAGUGGAAAUGAGUUCUCAACAGUUUCCUCGGUUAGGAACCCCUUCCACUGGGCUAAGCCAGGCUCCUUCACAGAUAGCCAACAGUGGUUCUGCAGGAUUGAUAAACCCGGCUGCAACAGUCAACGAUGAAUCUAGCCGAGACGCUGAAGUGGCCGCCAGGGAGCACAUGGGUUCCAGCAGCUCCUUACAGGCCCGUGAAGAGAAGCAGGAGCCUGUUGUGGUAAGGCCCUACCCGCAGGUGCAGAUGCUGUCUACACACCACGCUGUCGCCUCGGGCACGCCUGUCACGGUGGCAGCCCCACCAGCACACCUGACGCCAGCACUGCCACUCUCAUUUUCCGAGGGACUUAUGAAGCCGCCCCCGAAGCCCACCAUGCCUAGCCGUCCCAUUGCUCCUGCUCCACCUUCUGCCUUGUCACUUCCCCCCAAGGUUCCAGGACAGGUUACCGUUACCAUGGAGAGUAGCAUCCCUCAAGCUUCAGCCAUUCCUGUGGCAACAAUCAGUGGACAACAGGGACACCCCAGUAACCUGCAUCACAUCAUGACCACAAAUGUACAGAUGUCUAUCAUCCGCAGCAAUGCUCCUGGGCCCCCUCUUCACAUUGGAGCUUCUCAUUUACCUCGAGGUGCAGCUGCUGCUGCAGUGAUGUCCAGUUCUAAAGUGACCACGGUCCUGAGACCCACUUCGCAGCUGCCAAACGCUGCUGCAGCUCAGCCAGCAGUUCAGCACAUCAUCCACCAGCCCAUCCAGUCUCGUCCACCUGUGACCACCUCUAAUACCAUCCCUCCUGCUGUGGUAGCAACCGUGUCAGCCACCAGAGCUCAGUCUCCAGUCAUUACUACGACAGCAGCCCAUGCCACUGAUUCCACACUUAGUCGGCCAACUCUGUCUCUCCAGCAUCCACCGUCUGCAGCAAUUAGUAUUCAGCGUCCUGCCCAGUCACGGGAUGUGACAACAAGAAUCACACUGCCAUCUCACCCUGCGCUGGGAACACCAAAACAGCAGCUGCAUACCAUGGCGCAGGUAAAACCAGAGAAAACGAUCUUCAGUACUGGCACACCAGUGGCUGCAGCAACAGUGGCUCCUAUCUUGGCAACCAACACCAUUCCUUCUGCAACCACGGCCGGAUCAGUAUCACACACACAAGCUCCAACAAGUACAAUUGUUACCAUGACAAUGCCUUCACAUUCGUCACAUGCUACUGCCGUGACCACCUCAAACAUACCAGUUGCUAAGGUGGUGCCUCAGCAAAUCACACACACGUCGCCUCGGAUCCAGCCUGACUACCCUGCAGAGAGGAGUAGCCUGAUUCCCAUUUCAGGACAUCGAGCCUCUCCAAAUCCUGUGGCCAUGGAAACCCGCAGUGAUAAUAGACCAUCUGUUCCUGUUCAGUUCCAGUACUUUCUCCCAACGUACCCACCUUCUGCAUACCCACUGGCUGCUCACACCUACACCCCAAUCACCAGCUCUGUGUCCACCAUUCGACAGUAUCCAGUUUCAGCUCAGGCUCCAAACUCUGCUAUCACAGCUCAGACUGGAGUAGGGGUGGCAUCCACAGUCCACCUGAACCCCAUGCAGUUGAUGACAGUGGAUGCAUCUCACGCUCGACAUAUCCAAGGGAUCCAGCCAGCCCCCAUCAGUACACAGGGGAUCCAGCCAGCCCCCAUUGGCACCCCGGGGAUCCAGCCAGCCCCCAUCGGGACACAGGGAAUUCACUCAGCAACCCCCAUCAGCACCCAAGGACUUCAGCCUGCACCAAUAGGGACCCAGCAGCCUCAGCCGGAAGGAAAGACUUCAGCAGUGGUGCUGGCGGAUGGAGCCACAAUUGUAGCCAACCCAAUCAGCAGCCCAUUCAGUGCUGCUCCAGCAGCGACAACCGUGGUGCAGACUCACAGCCAGAGCGUGAGCACCAACGCUCCAGCCCAGGGCUCAUCCCCACGGCCAAGCAUACUCCGCAAGAAGCCUGCCACGGAUGGAAUGGCAGUGCGGAAAACCCUCAUUCCCCCUCAGCCUCCUGACGUGGCCAGCCCUCGCGUGGAGAGCUCUAUGCGGAGUACGUCUGGGUCGCCCAGGCCUGCAGGUGCCAAACCCAAGUCAGAAAUCCACGUAUCAAUGGCCACUCCAGUCACUGUGUCUAUGGAGACCAUGUCCAGUCAAAAUAGUGAUCAGCCCACCAUUGCAGUCCCACCCACCACUCAGCAGCCUCCACCAGCCAUUCCAACUAUGAUUGCAGCAGCUAGUCCCCCAUCACAACCAGCGGUCGCCCUUCCAACCAUUCCUGGAGCAGUUCCCAUCACUCCACCCAUCACUACCAUUGCCGCUGCCCCUCCACCGUCAGCAGCCGUGGGUGGCAGUCUAUCUUCUGUUUUGGGCCCUCCUGUACCAGAGAUAAAAGUUAAAGAAGAAGUGGAACCAAUGGACAUCAUGAGGCCAGUUUCUGCAGUUCCUCCUCUGGCUACCAACACCGUGUCUCCGUCUCUGGCAUUGCUGGCUAACAACCUGUCCAUGCCUACAAGUGACUUACCCCCUGGUGCUUCGCCAAGGAAAAAGCCUCGGAAGCAGCAGCAUGUGAUUUCAACAGAAGAAGGGGAUAUGAUGGAGACAAACAGCACUGAUGACGAGAAGUCCACUGCCAAGAGUCUUCUGGUGAAGGCGGAGAAGCGCAAGUCUCCUCCCAAGGAGUAUAUUGAUGAAGAAGGUGUAAGGUAUGUCCCAGUCCGUCCAAGACCUCCCAUUACUUUGCUCCGUCACUAUCGGAACCCCUGGAAAGCUGCUUACCACCACUUUCAGCGGUACAGUGAUGUCCGGGUCAAAGAGGAGAAGAAAGCUAUGCUGCAGGAAAUAGCUAAUCAGAAAGGAGUAUCGUGUCGUGCCCAAGGCUGGAAGGUUCACCUCUGUGCAGCGCAGUUGCUACAGCUGACAAAUCUAGAACAUGAUGUUUACGAAAGACUCACCAACCUGCAGGAAGGGAUUAUCCCAAAGAAAAAAGCAGCAACUGAUGAUGAUUUACACCGAAUAAAUGAACUAAUACAGGGAAAUAUGCAGAGGUGUAAACUUGUGAUGGAUCAAAUCAGUGAGGCCAGAGACUCCAUGCUUAAAGUUUUAGAUCAUAAAGAUCGUGUCCUGAAGCUUCUAAACAAGAAUGGGACUGUCAAGAAGGUGUCAAAAUUGAAGCGAAAGGAAAAAGUCUAGACCCCGAAUCAGGACUUUGGAAAAAGAAUUUAUGGAGAAUGAUGUUGGGGGUGGGGGAAGGGUUGGUUAUUUUCAAAGUGGAACAUUGAGAUGAAGGAACGCGUUCCUUAGUUCACACGUGAAAGCAGAGGGACCCAGAACAUCCAGUGACGUGGAAGGGUCAGAGCUGAUCCGACAGUGGACUCCAGUCUUCUUUCAGGUGUCUCCCUCUUACGCUUACUGCGUCGUGCCUGACUCCUGUUGCAACAGGGUCUCCCGGUUGGAAUCAGUGACACAGGUGACAGGCUGGUGUUUUCAGCCUUCCAGUUGAUAAACUAUUUAUCUGAUGGAUUCCUGCAGGACCCAUAUUGAGCCUGAACUGAAAGUAUUCACUUGGACCAUCUGUUCUCUCUCUCCACUGAAAAUCAAACCUCUUCCCCUCGCCCUAGUCGGUUCUUACUCUGUCUGACCUUCAGAUGCCCACGCUGGCCUUCUAAAGCAGUGCCAUGGCACUUGAGAGACCUGCCACAUCUCACUCUAAAGGGUUUGAACUGCCAAUUCUUGUCAUUUUCUAAAGAACCAUUUCAAAGUGAAAUUGUUAUAUUGUCUGUCCUGCGUGUGUCAGAGUUGGCUUUUUGUGGAGGUGCAGAGCAGGCAACACCGUAAGUUGCUCUGAGAUCCUUGUUCCGAAGUACAUUCUUGGUUAUCUGUACUUCUGUAGCUGGUGUGAUGCUGUUAAUUAUACGUAUGGCACAUCCCCAAAUGUUAAUAAAGGACUCAAAGAGGUUUUGUA